AGGAUUAACCAUUGCCCUUUAUAAAUACCAUACCCACAUGGAAACAAUCCCACACUCUGUUUCUCUUGAACAGAGAGACUUUAUUGCUCUGUUUUGAGAUUUCAACAAUGGCGGCUACAAAUUGCUCUCUGACUCUGGCCCAACUCCUCGGCCCCAAUGUCACCAACUCCGGCGCCGCUGCCUCCUUCAUUUGCGACCAAUUCUCCGCCUCCACCAACAACUUCUCCGACACCAAAUUCGCCGUCGACACCGUCUACCUCCUCUUCUCCGCCUAUCUUGUCUUCUCCAUGCAGCUCGGCUUCGCCAUGCUCUGUGCCGGCUCCGUCCGCGCCAAAAACACCAUGAACAUCAUGCUCACCAACGUUCUCGAUGCUGCUGCCGGCGGCCUUUUCUACUACCUCUUCGGCUUCGCCUUUGCCUUCGGCACCCCUUCCAACCCCUUCAUCGGCCGCCAUUUCUUUGGUCUCAAGUCAGUCCCCUCCACCGCCGCCGAUUACAGCUUCUUUCUCUAUCAAUGGGCUUUCGCUAUCGCUGCCGCCGGCAUCACCAGCGGCUCGAUUGCCGAGCGAACCCAAUUCGUUGCCUAUUUGAUCUACUCCGCUGUUUUGACCGGUUUUGUUUACCCAGUCGUGUCCCAUUGGUUCUGGUCUCCAGACGGUUGGGCCAGCCCGUCACGGACCAGUGGUGACCUCUUGUUCGGAACCGGAGUCAUAGAUUUCGCCGGUUCAGGCGUGGUUCACAUGGUCGGUGGAAUCGCUGGACUUUGGGGAGCUUUAAUAGAAGGACCACGAAUCGGUCGAUUUGACAGAACUGGUAGAUCCGUUGCUUUACGAGGCCAUAGUGCUACGUUAGUCGUUCUCGGUACCUUCAUGCUUUGGUUCGGUUGGUACGGGUUCAACCCCGGUUCAUUCACCAAAAUCUUAGUUCCAUAUAGAUCAAAUAAUUUCUACGGACAGUGGAGCGCCGUCGGUCGGACCGCCGUGACGACGACACUAGCCGGUUGUACGGCAGCACUAACGACCCUUUUCGGAAAGCGAAUUCUAUCCGGCCAUUGGAACGUCACCGACGUCUGCAAUGGCUUACUUGGUGGCUUCGCCGCCAUAACCUCUGGUUGCUCUGUAGUCGAGCCAUGGGCCGCCGUGAUAUGUGGGUUUGUGGCGGCGGUGGUUUUAAUCAGCUGCAACAAACUAGCAGAGAAGGUGAAAUUUGACGACCCAUUAGAGGCGGCACAACUACAUGGCGGUUGUGGCGCGUGGGGGAUAAUUUUCACUGCGUUGUUUGCAACAAAGAAAUAUGUGAACGAAGUGUACGGCGGAGAUUCGAGGCGGCCACACGGGCUGUUUAUGGGCGGCGGAGGGAAGUUGUUGGGUGCUCAUUUGAUACAAAUUUUGGUGAUUGUUGGGUGGGUUAGCGUCACAAUGGGGCCGUUGUUUUUUGUGCUACACAAGCUGAAACUAUUAAGAAUCUCGCCGGAGGAUGAGAUGGCCGGAAUGGAUAUGACCAGACACGGUGGCUUUGCUUACGUGUACCAUGAUGAAGAUGAAUCUCCGCCCAAUGGUGCCCAAAUGAGUAAGAUUAAGCCAAGGGAAACAAGUCCAAUUGGAAAUUAUGAAAAUUGAGGUUUUUUACUUUUUGCCAAAAUUCUAUUUUGCAAGUCUUUAAAAAGUUAAAAAAUACAAAAAAAAAAAAAAAAAAAAAAAUUAUCCUCUCUCCCAAUCUUAAAAGGUUUAGUGAUGUAUAGUAAGUGGAGAAGUAUUUUUCUUAUCUUUUAAGAACUUGGGGAUGUGGGUGUGUGUGAGGAGGUGAUGUAUUGAUUGUAAUAUGGACUAAUUAUGUGUUAUAUAUUUAGGUUAAUCUUCUUAUUUUUAAAUAUUAAGUAUAUUUUCUCUCA